UACCAUUGUAUUCACCAUCCGUGUCCGGGAAGCUGCGGCAGCGAAGCGGCACAUUGUUUUGGACUUCGCUACUGCUUCACUUUUGUAUUGUUUGCGUUUUCUGAACACUGUUGCCGUUUCCUGACGUCUUUGACUGAUGUGUAUUAGUUCAAGCCCGAUUUUUUAUCUUCCAAAACGAAUAUUACGCUCGUAGGCUGCAGUAUGCUUCUCAGUCAUCUCGAACAGUAGGAGAUUUCUGUCUGAACGUUGCUUAACGAAGAACUGCAGCUCUCUGGCACCAGCGACGAUGUUGCUGUUACCUCAGGGUAUGAGAUGCCGCGGAAUUCAGAUAAGGAUUUCUGCAUGUUCUCUUUGGUUUCGCAAUCCCCACCGGCACAUAUUUUCGCAGACUGGAACCUGGGAUCCUGUCUUAACAGUCGAGAAGAAGAAAGAAAUUGAGUCCUUUUGGAGGAAGCAAGUGGCCGGAGAAAUCUCGCGACCGGAGACAUCGAAAUCAUUGGGAAAGUAUUAUGUGUUGUCGAUGUUUCCGUAUCCUUCGGGACGUCUGCACAUGGGACAUGUGCGCGUAUACGCGAUCAGUGACUCUAUGGCUCGAUAUCGCAAGAUGCAGGGAUAUGAGGUGCUGCACCCAAUGGGAUGGGAUGCAUUUGGAUUACCGGCAGAGAACGCUGCCCGGGAACAGAAUGUGUCUCCGCAGACGUGGACCGAAACGAAUAUUGAGCAUAUGAAGAAGCAGCUUUUAAAUAUGGGCUUCGGUUUCGACUGGGAUCGAGAGUUUCGAACGUGCGACCCUUCGUACUAUAAAUGGACACAGUAUUUAUUUCUGAAGCUAUGGGAGGCCGGAUUAGCAUAUCGGAAAGAGGCUUUUGUUAACUGGGAUCCUAUUGAUAAAACAGUGCUAGCCAAUGAACAAGUUGACGAAAACGGGUGUUCGUGGCGAUCCGGUGCUAAAGUGGAGAAGAAGCUAUUAAAACAGUGGUUCUUCCGGACAUCACAUUAUUCGGUGCCGCUGCGAGAUGGCUUAAAGGACGUAUCGAACUGGAGGGAUAUUGUGGCUCUGCAGCAGAUGUGGAUUGGUGAUAUCUGCGGAAACGCAGUGGAAUUUGAACUACUGGACAAUAAUGGGUGCGUUUUGGAAGAUCGCAUACAAAUCCUUGUCAAAGACGCCAAAGAACUGACUGAUAUAAAUUUCAUUCUUGUGUCACCUGCACAUGCACUAUUUUCGAAAUUCCCAGAAGUAGCUGCAAGUGGCAAACUUCCUGUUACAUGCCGAAAUCCUCUUGAUGGUACCGCUGUCCCCAUAUAUGUCGAGAAAGACUCAACCUAUUUCGAUAAAGACUGUGAUAUUCGCUUGGGCACUCCGAGAAUAAGUGACCGAGACAGAGUAUUUGCACAGCAUCGUGGGUUACCGGUUUCAGACGAGCCUAUCGCGACUGGAGUAACCAUGGAAAAUCUGAAGCAGAUGGUGCGUAAACGAAAUGGACACGACUUACGCGUCUCACCGCCGCAGAGUCAUCGGUUGAAAGAUUGGCUGAUUUCACGUCAGAGAUAUUGGGGUACACCAAUUCCGAUCGUGCAUUGUCCGUCAUGUGGCGUAGUACCGAUUCCGUUCCACGAACUCCCCGUUAAAUUGCCUACUGGCAGUGCGACGCCCGGAAAAGGGAUUGGUAACUUAAAAGAUGAACAUGAGUGGUUGGACACCGAAUGCCCAAAAUGUACUGGACCAGCAAAGCGGGAGACUGAUACUAUGGACACUUUUGUGGAUUCUUCGUGGUAUCUUCUCCGAUUUCUGGAUCCGCGGAAUGAUUCUGAACUCGUUGCCAAAGAUAAAGCCUUUCAGUAUAUGCCGGUCGAUCUGUAUAUUGGUGGAAAAGAACACGCGUUACUGCAUCUGUUUUAUGCUCGGUUCAUCGGAUAUUUCCUCUACGAGCAAGGCCUGCUUCCAGAUCCGGAACCUUUCAAGCAGCUGUUAACGCAGGGCUUGGUAAUGGGAAAGAGUUAUCGCAACAGCAGUACCGGCCGUUACUUAAAACCUGAAGAGAUUGAUUUUCUGGAAGGAAAACCUGUGGAAAAAGCUACCCAGAGUCCGGUGACCGAGGACUGGGAAAAAAUGAGCAAGUCCAAAUAUAAUGGUUUGGAUCCAGACGAGGCUAUUCGUGAGCAUGGUGUGGACGCCAUACGACUUUUCAUGCUGGGCAGCAUAAAUCCGCGUUCUGAUCGCAGGUGGGAUCCAGAGAUUUUUAAAGGGUUGCUCAACUGGCAGAUGGCGAUAUGGAGCGUCGUGGCGACGUAUCUGAAAGCGUGCUCAGGCGCUCCCAGUACGCCGACUCCAGACCAAGAACGGGAAAAGUGGGAGGCGUUUUUAUGGGAUAGUAGGAAUUAUUACCUGAAAGGCGUAAAUUGGGCAAUGGAUAUUUCUUUCAGUAUGAAUAUGGCGAUCGCAAAACUACUUGGACUGACUAACAGUCUCAGAAAAAUCCCUUCUUCCAUAAUUGCGUCCAGUCCAGAGUAUCAUAAAACUCUGCAACAAAUUGUAAUUAUGCUCUUCCCAUUCAUUCCACAUUUCUCGGCGGAGCUGUGGAGUGCAGUUCGUAGCGUCCCGGCGGCAGUCGCCGUGCGAAAUAAGAAUGUUUGGGAGAUGACCUGGCCGGAACUCGACUAUUCUUAUCCUCUCGAUUUGACUAUCAAGAGCCAUGACGUCGAAGUUGCAGUCCUAAAGAUACCACGGAAAGAUUUCGAUGUCAUGACCAAGCAAACCGCUUUUAAGAUGGCAUUGGAUUCACCCAUAAUCAGAGAGAUCGUUCCUGUGGACCUUCAACUAGAAAGAGUUGAUUUUGAACUCUGUGAAAGGCUGGAAGCUUUCUUGAUUAUGCAUGACAGCAAAGUUCAUAAGCUUGUGAAAACAAAAGUUAAGGAGGAAAAAGCCGCCCGUAAAAGCGCUAAGGCGGAAAAAAUUAGAGUUUAGUUAGAUUUGCGCAGUAUUGCAGUGUGGAAUCGGCUGCUGCAUGUGCCUUUUGUGCUAAAAUCUUUAAAAACUCUCUACAGACACAUCUAAGGAAGUACUUCUACUGUACAUAUCUUGGCUGCUCAUGGAGUUAUUUCCUGUGAAAGUCGAAAUAAAAUUUUA